AUGGACCCGGCGAGUGUAUUGGAAGCUAACAGGGUAAUACAGAACGCGUUCAGCGUGAUCUCUGUACUGACUCUCACGGCAGACUCGCUGCCGAAGCCUGCAGUUGUGUCUGACGGCUCCUGCUACGACUACGUGGUGGUGGGCGGUGGGGCGGCGGGAUGUGUGCUCGCGAGCCGGCUGUCCGAGCUCCGCGGCGUGCAGGUGCUGCUCAUCGAGGCCGGACCACUCACGCCCUUCGAGGCUACACUCCCUGCACUGCUGGCGUAUUUGCCUUACUCCCGCUAUGACUGGAACUACACAACGGUGGACGAUGGCUACGUCGCGCAAGCUAUCAAAGACAAAGUGCUGACGUUGACACGCGGCAAGGUGUUGGGCGGCAGCAGUGCCAUCAAUGCCAUGUUCUACGUGAGAGGCGCCCCCCAUGACUUCGACUCGUGGGCCGCCAGCAUCGGUGACUCACGCUGGAACUUCACCAACGUUUUGCCUUUCUUCAUCAAAAGCGAAAAACUUCGAGACCGCGUCGUGGAACAAUCCCGGUUCAAAACCUUUCACGGAACUAAGGGAUAUAUGGGCGUCACCAGGCAACCAGACCCCGCCAACGAAGUAUACCUCAACAUGUUCAAAGAACUCGGCAAUCGCUUGGUUUUGGAUAUAAACGGAAGAGACAAUUUCGGCUUCACUCAGCCGAUGUUCACGAUCCUGAACAGGCGCCGCCAGGAUACUGCGUACGCAUUCCUAUCGCCUGUGAAGCGACGCCGCAACCUGCACGUGCUCACCGACACUCUCGUCACGAAGAUCAUCUUCGACGAAAACAACAGGGCGGUCGGCGUGCGCGCUGUCACCAAACAAAAUCAGUUCAUGACUGUAAAGGCUAAAAGAGAAGUUAUUAUCUCUGCUGGCACUUUUAACUCUCCCCAACUACUAAUGCUGUCAGGGAUCGGGCCUAGAGAACAUCUGCAAGAUAUGAACAUAACGGUUCGAGCUGAUCUCCCAGUUGGAAAAAACUUGCAAGAUCACUUCGGAACACCACUAUUUUUUGAUGUGGAAAAUGAGUGUCCACUUACACCCUUACAGGGUCCUGGUAAGUACCCGAUACGACUAAUGAUGGGGUAUACUGCGUUGAAUAGCAGUGAGUCUUAUGGCAACUAUCAGACUGUGGUCAAUUCAAGAUUAAGUGUGGAAGCCGCGUUAUCCAGCUGUACUCUUAGAUUCAGGAUAAACGACACAGUAUGCUCGUCGAUGUUCAAGAAUGUAAAAGGUAAAGUGAUACUGGCUAUAUGGGUGGUAGCUUUGUUUCCGAAGUCGCGCGGACGCGUUUUGUUGCGCAGCACCAAUCCCAGAGACCCUCCUGAGAUCAUUGGGGGUUACUUUUCCAGUGAAGAGGAUUUACACAACCAGAUCAAAUACGUAAAAGACGUUUUGCGUAUAACCCAAACCUCUUACUUCAAACGUGUGAGAGGUAAAAUGAUGAUGCCGAGUCUAACGGAGUGCGACAGUUUGUCGCGGUUCAGUGAUGCGUACUGGAGAUGCUACUCUUUAAACAUGCUGGGUACCAUCUACCACUACACCAGCACGUGCCCUAUGGGCCCGGUCGUGGACGCUGAACUGCGCGUGCGUGGCGUGCGUGGGUUGCGAGUGGUCGACGCCAGCAUAAUGCCUAAUAUAACAAGAGGAAAUACCUACGCACCCACCGUCAUGAUCGCUGAGAAGGCGGCAGACUUCAUCAAGCAGUCGUACAGAGCUGUAAAUAAAAAGAAAACUUGAUUAUAUGUGAUAUCAGUCAUGGGGAGGCUGGUAGGUAUCUUAUGUUGAUUAUACCUCGCUCCCUUUCCCACUUGAUGCAUAACUACUAUAUGUUGUGGUAUAAGUUUACAUCUGAUCAAAUAAUUAUACCACAGAAUAAAUACUAGUUAUAUACUAUAAUGUUUCUGAAACGGAGUUUCAGGGUUAAUUUUCGAGCCGGGCAACCAAGACUUUGGUGUAAUU